GUACCUGCUGCUCUCCAAACGUCAUGCGGAUGCUGUUUAUAAAGUGCACAUAAUAAAGCAUUGAGGCAUUCAUCUCUGUAUAGGAGCUGAGCAGCAGCCAGGGAGAGAGGGAGAGAGAGGCUAGGCAAAGCAAGGCACUGACACAAAGGAGACGAAGAUGUUUUAUUCAGGGCUCCUCACAGAGCCAACAAGGAAGGAGGUGGAUAUGAGGGAAGCUGCAUCUCUUCGGCAACAGAGGAAAAUGAAGCAGGCAGUUCAGUUUAAUCACAAGGAUUCGGCUGACUUGCUACCGUUGGAUGGACUGAAAAAACUGGGAACUUCAAAAGAUACCCAACCACACAACAUCCUGCAGAGGCGCCUGAUGGAGACAAACAUGUCAAAAUUACGCCACAGUCGAGGACCGAGCUCUCAGAAGAAUGACCUUUCGGUCCAGACCAAUAAACUGAACCAAAUGAAACUGGAUGGUCCCACAAAAACAGAGCAAGAGGACCUUAUCCUAAUAUGCUGUCAGUGUAUGGGGAAGGAAUUCCAAGCUGUGGUUGAUACUGGAUGUCAGCAUAAUAUCAUAUCAUUAACUUGUUUGGAGAGACUAGGAUUAAAGGAACAUAUGAGAACCUACAAGGCUGAAAGUGAGAAAAUUUCACUGCCCUAUAAUAUGAAAGUGAUUGGUCACAUGGAACACCUGCCCCUUACAUUGGGGUCUCUCCCUGUGGACUGUUCUGCAAUUGUGACGGAUCACGAGAAAAACUUCUCCUUGGGACUACAGACACUGAAAUCUUUGAAGUGUGUGAUAAACCUGGAGAAACAUCACUUGGUCCUUGGGAAGACAGUCAGGGAAGAAAUUCCUUUCAUCGGUAGCACUGCUGUGCAUGAAGAGAACACUUCUGAGGCAUGAAGAGGAGGUGCCACUGGUUUAAAAGGAAAACCAUGAUGGGGUUGAAAGAGGAGACAGUUAAUACUCCAUUCCGCUAGACUGUGGCUAGAUUUGUAGAGAAUUGAAAGAGCAGGCCUUUGCCAGGAGCUGAGGACAGCUUCAGAUCUUCACCUGUUACAAAGAGAGUCUGGUGGUGGACUUGUAUGCACACGCCCAAGUCUGCUCUUCAAAAUGGUGUCACCUUUGUGGCCACAGAAGUAUGAAAAUGUUUAUUUUCUAGACUCUACUGAAAUAA